CCAAUUGCGACAAGGCUUCACGUGUAACGAAACUCCCAAUCUUGACACCUUAGCAGACCUUAGCUCCGGAACGACCAUGCGUUCCGCGUUCUCCAGUCGCAGACCAGAUCCUGCCGCGUCAAGCAGGGCACGAGUUGACUUCAUCCGCACGACGCUACAAGGCGGCUUCCCCUUUUCGAGGAAGUUAUCUGUUCAUAAGUCAUGUGUCAACUACCUUUGCUUCUCCCGAGGUGAAGGACGUUGGCUAGCAAGCGCAGGCGACGAUCUUUGCAUCCAACUCUGGGACUUCAAUCAAGAGGAUGUGACUCAGCCCUCUUACACAUACAGAGGGCCCAGCGGGAAUGUGUUGACCAUGGAUUUCUCUCCUUCUGGCCGAUAUUUGGUCAGUGGAGGUGUGGAUCAAACUAUCCAGAAGUUUGACGUCACUCGAGACCGGGCCGUCGUUGGCCCGGGUGUACAAACUUCAGUGAUUCAGUCUUAUCAUCAACACGAUGACAACAUCCGUGGUCUGAGCUUCCACGGAACACAAGAUGAACUGCUACUCAGCGCGAGUGAAGACGGGAAAAUAGUCUUGCACGAUGACCGUGCCGACCCUAGAAUCAGCGGCGCCCAAGGUGUCCUCCAAAAUGCGUCCGAGUUCACUGGCGUACAGUUUCAUCCUACGACGGAUAGCCUCUUCGUCACGUCAGACAUCCGAGGCAACGUUUGUCUCCGAGAUACCCGCAUGGCAUUCGGACCACUGAGGUCGCGUACUAAUAAUGGGAUUGUCCAAAGGUACAAUACCAAGCUAGCUCGGAGGAGCUACACUCAUCUCAGUGAUCCAGAGUCGAGCAGUGUGUGCUUCGAUCGAACUGGGGAUAAACUCUGCGUCACGAUGCUCCACUAUCUGCCAACCAUCUAUGCAUUGUCGGAUCCACACCCUUUGGCCGUGUGCAGCGGAGCAAACGGUCCCGAUGGACAGCCAAUACCAGCCGGCCAGCGUACAUACUCGAACUCGUGUACCAUGAAAUCAGGGACAUUCGGUGGUCCAGGUCUUCCAAGCGACGAACUAUACGCGGCAGGCUCAGAUGACUUCAGGGCUUACGUGUGGCGGAUACCCGAGCUAGCCAAGUUAAAGGAGGAAAGACAAGAGAUCAGUGCGGAGGACUGGUACUCGAAGGAGUGCGAUGGGGUGACAGCAUUCUGCGAGGGUAGAGACAAGCCUCGCUACGUUCCUGUCGAACUAUCGACGCCCCUCUGUCGCCUCAACGGCCAUCGAUCAAUCGUCAACUCGGUAGCCAUUCACCCAUCCUUCAUGCACAUUAUGACAUCAGGCGUCGAACGACAUGUCCUCUUGCACAGUGCCACAUCCUCGUCUCCGUGCGUGCAAGAUCUACCUCGGACCGCUCCGACCGUCAGGCCUCUUCCAGAGGCGAACCUCAGGGACACGAGGAGGUACAUGCGGGCCCUGCUCGGGAACCAUCCUACGCUACGUGACUCAGAUGAUAACUCGGACGAUGACGAGGAGCUGUCGUCGAUAAGUCUUUUUGAUCAUAUCCUUAGGCAGGAAGGAGAAGCUGACGUAUUUACUAUCCGAAGAUGGGGCGGCUCAUCGGAGUCUCCGUCGGAGUCCUCCGAGUCCGAAUCAGACGCAGAGGCUCAAUUAAACGCAGAGGCUCAAUCAGAUUCAGUUGAUGAUGACGAAGAGAUGCUUGAUGCUGGGAGCUGAACGCAAUGUAUGUAUGUCAGAGUGCUGAAUAUCUACUAUCUUCUCUGCGCAGGCUAGCGGUGCUUCAUUGUGCCGCUUUAC